AUGCCAGCACCAGGAUACUCAUCCAGAGACCGAGGUCGUGUUCAAGAUUUAAAUGUCUUCUGGUAUGUGUCUACAUAUGAGUGGAGGAUUGCUUCAUCCGCUUGUCACUUCGUCACUCAUCUAGCCAGUUUUGCGUUAGCAGGCGUGAUUCUGUAUACUGCGGCAUGGUAUAUACCAUCUGUUCAGGGUGAUGACGAAUCGGAGCUGCAGUGUCCCACCGCUCACCCAGAACACUCUCCCUUGCAAGAUCCGAGAAGAAAAAUAGUGACACAUUAUCCAAGCUUCGAGAUACCUACUUUUCCUGCACACGCCUGCGGAAUCGACGAAGAGUUUUUUCUUCCCACGUGUUCGGCUGCUAUCAACAGCCUUCGGACCACGAACCUUACGCCAACAACCCCGUUGGCUACGCUUGAGAGUGAUACCCAAGCAGAAGAGGCUAAAAGUACUGCAAUAGCACUUGCAGGGGAGAAAGACAAGUGUGAAAAGGGGGCAGAAGCGGUGGCGUCGAAUGACCACCGUGGUCUUAGCAUCUCCUUCGACUCAAAAACAACUUGCAACUGUCCAGCCAUGCUUUAGGCUUCCUACACAACGGGGCCUCAGCAUCUCCAGUCAAGCAACUUCGAUGCAGAAAAUGGCAAUUUUACCGUUUGGACGGCUCCAUUUGACAAUGUGAAUGCCAGCAAUGUCGCAUUCGUGAUGUGGAACGGUAACGCGAAAGUAAGCUGUGUCUGGUCUACAGACUGUUCAGAAGCGCAUAACGUUCUGUAGUGCGCGUUUGAGGCGGAGAUUCAGGACGGGGCUCAGCCUUUCUUGAGUGAACUCUACAACGCUCUUUUGCAGCGCCAAGCUGGCUCGGCGUCUGCAGUGGCCCCUGGCAUCACUGCUCACCUACCCGAAAGGCUUCGACCCAGCGCCUUGUAUUAUCCCUUUGUUUUGGGUAUUGAGUCCAAUAGCGACUCGAAUAAUUCAUAUACCCUCCCUUGUAGUCUUUUUAUCUUGGGUGUACUAAUGGCAGGUAGAAUCCCAGCUGGCAGAUUUAUUGUUUGUCCACAACGCGCACUAUUCACGGAUAUUGAGGGACAAUAUCCAGCUAUACAAGACUUCUAG